GAUAAUCUGCAGGGUUACAAAACUCAAAAUAAAUUUCUAAAUAAGGAAAUUUUGGAACUCUCAGCUCUACGACGAAAUGCAGAAAGGAGAGAGAGGGAUCUGAUGGCAAAGUAUUCUAGCCUGGAAGCCAAGCUCUGCCAGGUAGAAAGUAAAUACUUGAUACUACUUCAAGAAAUGAAGACACCAGUUUGCUCAGAAGAGCAGGGGCCUGCCCGGGAUGUCAUAGCCCAGUUGCUGGAGGAUGCUCUGCAGGUUGAGAGUCAUGAGCAGCCGGAACAAGCACUCAUCAAACCUCAUCUUGUCAGCGAGUAUGAUAUUUACGGGUUUAGGACUGUCCCCGAUGAUGAUGAGGAAGAGAAGUUGGUUGCCAAGGUCCGUGCAUUGGACCUGAAGACCCUCUACCUCACAGAAAACCAGGAAGUUUCUACCGGGGUCAAGUGGGAAAACUAUUUUGCAAGCACCAUGAACAGGGACAUGGCGCGCUCUCCAGAGAUAAAAACCCUGAUCCGCGCAGGCAUCCCCCACGAGCACCGCUCCAAGGUGUGGAAGUGGUGCGUGGACCUUCACAGGAGGAAGCUGAAGGGCUGUGCUGAGCCAGGCUACUUUCAGACCUUGCUUCAGAAGGCUCUAGAGAAACAGAAUCCAGCCUCCAAGCAGAUCGAGCUGGACCUGCUUCGGACUCUGCCUAACAACAAACAUUACUCCUGCCCCACCUCGGAAGGCAUCCAGAAGCUACGCAAUGUCCUGCUCGCCUUCUCCUGGCGGAAUCCGGAUAUCGGCUAUUGCCAAGGUCUAAACAGAUUGGUGGCCGUGGCCCUCCUGUACCUGGAACAAGAAGAUGCUUUCUGGUGUCUGGUUACCAUCGUGGAAGUUUUCAUGCCUCGAGACUAUUACACAAAGACUCUUUUAGGAUCCCAGGUGGACCAGCGCGUGUUUAGAGACCUCAUGAGUGAGAAGCUGCCUCGGUUGCACGCCCACCUGGAGCAGCACAAAGUUGACUACACCCUCAUCACAUUCAACUGGUUUCUGGUGGUGUUUGUGGACAGUGUCGUUAGUGACAUCCUCUUUAAAAUAUGGGACUCUUUCCUAUAUGAAGGACCAAAGGUUAUUUUCCGUUUUGCCCUGGCACUUUUUAAAUACAAGGAAGAGGAGAUCCUGAAACUGCAAGAUUCCAUGUCCAUCUUCAAGUAUCUCCGCUACUUCACUCGCACUAUCCUUGAUGCUCGGAAACUGAUCAGCAUCUCCUUUGGGGACCUGAACCCCUUUCCCCUGCGCCAGAUCCGGAACCGGCGUGCCUACCACUUGGAGAAGGUCCGGCUGGAGCUGACAGAGUUGGAAGCCAUCAGAGAGGACUUCCUACGUGAGCGGGACACCAGCCCUGACAAAGGCGAGCUGGUCAGUGACGAGGAGGAGGACACCUGAGUGGACCUCCACCCCAGGAUGCUGUUCUUCUUGUCUUCACAACCAAAGUGUGCCAAAAAGGAUGACUGCAGGGACUCUGCUCAUUUAAAUGCCAGAAUGUAACAUAGUGGCCUUGGGACCUGCCAGGCAGGUGUCCAAACCCAGGCUGCACUUUCUCAUUACCCACUGGGGGCAGGGGCCGACCUGUUCACAGCCACCUCCACGGCAUGCAUUUGAUCACACACACCACAGUCAUGCUUUCUGCUGGUGGGCGACACUCUCCACGGUCACCAGUCAGCUGUUUCUGAGAGUCUGUUACAUCAUCUGCAGUUGUGUGGCGUUUCAACUUUCGAGAACUGUCCUUUGCAGGGCACUCCCCAUGUUCUUUCUUUGUACAUGGCAGGCAAUUGUGUGCAAGUUUUAAACUGCAGCACUGCAGAGGAUGCACACGGCUUCAAAGCGUGGCUGCUGCGUCAGGUGGCAGAAGGUCAGUGUGAGAAGAGGGACUUUCUAAGAAAAGCAAGCACAUCCCUUGUUCAGAAGCAGCCUCUGCAGAAAGCUGGAACCUUCUGCUGAUGGCUGCAAGCUGCCAGCCCCACUCACUUCUGGAGUACCUUUUCCCCUCUUGUGCACAGCCUUCCACACUGGCUCCCACCUGUAUGGGACCUGGCUGUGCCAUCAGCUCCCACUCUUCUCACUGCCAUCUGUGCUUGCAUGUCAACACCUGCUCUGUCCCAUUUCGCCCUGAGCCUCUGCAAAAGCUCUUUCCUUUGGAAGCUGACUUGUGGAAGCUGUUCUCCAAGUGUAGCUGGGUGGGGGUUCCAAGUAAACUGCAAAGCAGGCCCAGCCCUGGCAUGGCCCUGGCUGAGGGGACAAGAAGCCUUUCGGGGGUGGCUUUGCAGGGCAGUGGUGCAGCUGCUGGGUGAGCCCUCCUGGACAGUGGAAACCAUAACUCCCGGAUGGCCAGGUCUUCUGGUACUUCCUCUGCCUAGCCAGCAGUUAGGGAAGGCCUACAGCUACCAGUGUUCUGACCUUAGAAGCACAUUGUUUGGGACCAGGGCUUGAGUGAGCUCUCCCAUACAGUCCCCUCCACACUGCUACCCAGAAUGUCCUCAGCCAGGAUUGGGGGGUCACUGUGGUCUCUGACAUGUUAGUCUGCCAGGACAGUUUGAAACCUGGAGAGAGGUUAUGAGCAAGGAAGGCCAUUUUUACUUAUUCCCACUGGGCCAUCCCUGAUGUGUGGGUGACGUGAGAGAGCAUUUUCUGGCACAGUGUUAUUUGAACACAAGAGAAACAAUCAUAAAUGGAAUAUCUUACACUAACUAGAAAAAAAGUCGGAAAUAAUCCAUAGUUAGUAUAAACACAGUCAGACUAAGAAUUGAAGCAUGGCAGUUUCAAGAAGUGCUUUUUCUGUAACUAGGGUUUUCCUAUAUUUUACUGUCAACUUUCUAGUAGUUUUAGGACUGAGUUGAUAUUUCAGCAGAGAAGUUGCUUUAUUUCUGACUGUAAAAGGAGCUGGUUUCUACAUUUAGCCAAAAGCCUUUGCCUCUUCAGGCGUCAGAAGUACGUGUUAGCCUGCGGCCGUCUUUGGGAGUGGCUGUUGGAGGCCUGGCUACUUGAGGGAGCUGUGAGCUGGCAGUGGUCUCACCACUAUCCUCUGGGCUUCUGGGACCAGAUGCUGGAGCCCCCCACUGCCACCCUGAGAUGUGCGCCAUCCGGGGACAGCUGCCGAGGAGGCGCAGUGGGACCGCUCUGAUGCCCUCAGUUUUCAGUUCCCAGAGACACUACCCCAAAUAUGUGUUGGGGCUGACAUUCUCCCCUUGGGAUGGGCUUGUUUUCUCUGGCUCGUCCUAGGAAGACAUAUCUUAAAAGCAUCUGCUGGGGCUGGGGUAUAGCUCAGUGGUAGAGCACUUGCCUGGCAUGUGCAAGGCCCUGGGUUCAAUCCCCAGCACUGGAAAAAAAAGAAAGAAAAGCACUGGUAGGGGUGGUGGGGGCACCAGGACUGGAGCUGUGUUCAGGCAGCUGUCUUCUGUAGGAGGAGCAAGAGAGACCCCGCCGGGAGGCUCUCCUCCCUGAAUACAGUGUUCCAUGUCCAGAGGGCUGAGAGGGAGUGGUUGGCCUGCUUCCAGUUUGAGGACAGGGUGGGGUUGACUCCUCUCAGAGCUCUGAGUCCCACACUUCCCUUUCCCUCAUCCACCGAGGAGAGACCUGCUUUUACCGCCUCGAGGUCCCCUACCUCCACUGGCCACCCUGGCAGGUGCCCCUUCUGGCAGGGGCUGCCUCACGCUGCUGGUCAUGCAAACCUUAGCUCAACACACAGCUCGUGGCCCCUGCAUGGUGGUCCUUGCCGGCUGAGAAACCCAAAGAUAGCCUCCGGCCUGCUGGCCCAAGUACACAUGCCAAGGUGAGGGCAGCAGCCUCACCUCACCAUGGGAAAUGCAAACUUCAAUCAGUGUGGUUUUAUCUGUUGAACCUGUUAAUACUUUUGUGUAUUUUCACUACAGUUUAUAUUUUUAUAGACUAUAUUUUAUCAAGGUUUUUCUAGAGUCUGUACAACUAUUUUAUAUAACAAGUUCUAUUUUAUGUGCACAACUGCCUUGUGGGUAUUUAUGUAAACCUGAGCCUCUCAAAUUGCUCUUCCCUUGUGUGCCACCUUUUACCUCUAGCCUCUGUCACUGACGCUCCCUUCUGCUCAUGCCAGGUAGCCUUGGGGGCUACUUGUAGUAAUGUGACAGUCGAACCGUAGCAGCCAAGACAAUUACUGGAAGAAUUCAGGUUUCAGCUGCGUUACAUUCACAUAGGAAGUUCUCCAGGCAGUGCCCGGUAAGGUUUAAUUGGAUGGAAGUCCCCUCACGUUGCACAGUGCUGUCUUCCCAGGUGCCGGGUCUCUGGGCGGCUGGGCUGCCCCGGGAGUCCCUCAGGUGGAGGCUGGAUGCAGGAACCCGUGCAUGCCACUCAGUGUCCACCUCCGCUGGGUAGCUGGAGGACACAAAGGGGUGCUGCCAAGUGACUGUCCUGUUACAUCACAGCAGCUUCUGUGCUGAUCUUCAAGUCAAAGUAUGGAAUUGUAAAGGAAGAAAUAAACUAAUUUGUAUAACACUCUGCUUUGGAAUGCAGUGUCACUUGUGAUGGCCCCAGGGCUUGGAGAGUGGGGCAGGGACUAUAGGGGCCUCUAACCUGCCAACCCAGGAAUUCUGGGUUUUCCCACCCUUGGCUUUAGUGGGGCAGAUAUGACAUGAUGACUGUCAGCAGUGGUAGCCCUGGGAAGCUCCAAAAGCUGUGGCAGAACUGCCAGCAAGGACUGUGUGCAGAGGUGUAAGCCACGGAGCAGGUCACUGCUUGUGUCUGGAGAAGCCCCCCAGAGGACAGACGCCAUUCUCCUCCUCCAGCUGUGUGUGCCCAGCCUGAGUCAUUGCUUGUUUGCCUCCUGCCUAGCCUGACAGCUCAGCCCAGUGCCACUGGGGACGCCCCCAGUCAUGGCUGGAAAAACAAGAAUGAUUAAGACCACGUUUUUCCACGGGGGGCACUGGGAGGGCGGCUCCCACAAAGAUUCCCAGACAGGACAGGCAGGGCCUGGGAAGCUGCUGUCCUCUCGGGACAUGGAUUCAGUGAGCCAGUGGUUCCCUAGGCCACAGAGUGCAACGGUAAUGCCAGGCUGGGAUGGGGACCCCAGUGUUCUGCUGCUGUGCUAGGCCCUGCUCCCCAUCCUGUGAGAGAGGUGCUGCUAAGAGCAGCUUGGACUAAGCCCUGGGAAGCCAUUACUCAGAGCACGGGUCCCCAGGGCCAUCUUGGGCCAGUAGGACUGCUGCAAACACAGGAAGUAAGUCUGAUGUUAAUCCAUCCUCAGCAUUGUCGUGUGAGCCCCUGGUGACUUGCCUUCCUGAGUGACCUGACAGACCUGUUCUGGGCAGAGCCUCUGGAAAUGCCUGCUUAGAGUCUUCUUCCUGCCUGGCCAGAGGGGUCCACAGCUGAGGGCAGCCCAGAGCCCAG